CGCACGGCGCGUGCGCGUGGGUUUCCGUUCCCGCCGGCGCGCGCGCGUGGCGGGCGCGGGAGGGAGUGGGAGCGUGUGGGGGCGGCAGGCGGCGGCUCCGGCACCACGCGAGUUUCCCGCUCCGCUUCCCACCGGGAAGGCCAGGCGGGGGCAGCGCCCGCUCCCGCCCUCCCUCCCCCCGCGGCGGCCGGGGAGCGGCCCCGCCCGUGACGCGAGGGGCAGGGCCGAGCGCCCGCCGCGCCUCGGGCCUUGUAGGCCGCUGUCGGCGUGACUCGGCCGGGCCGCGCCGGCCCCCCCCCGCGCUCAAGAUGUCGGCGCAGGCCCAGAUGCGCGCCAUGCUGGACCAGCUCAUGGGCACGUCCCGGGACGGCGACACCACCCGUCAGCGGAUCAAGUUCAGCGACGACCGAGUGUGCAAGAGCCACCUGCUCAACUGCUGCCCUCACGAUGUGCUCUCUGGAACUAGAAUGGACCUUGGAGAAUGCCUGAAAGUGCAUGACCUGGCAUUAAGGGCAGACUAUGAAAUAGCAUCCAAAGAUCAAGAUUUCUUCUUUGAGCUUGAUGCAAUGGACCACCUGCAGUCAUUUAUUGCAGACUGCGACCGGCGAACAGAAGUGGCUAAGAAAAGACUAGCAGAGACCCAAGAGGAGAUCAGCGCUGAAGUUGCAGCUAAAGCUGAAAGAGUUCAUGAAUUGAAUGAAGAAAUUGGGAAACUGUUGGCCAAAGUAGAACAGCUUGGAGCUGAUGGGAAUGUGGAAGAAUCUCAAAAAGUAAUGGAUGAAGUGGAGAAGGCUCGGGUAAAGAAGAGAGAAGCAGAAGAGGUAUACAGGAAUUCUAUGCCUGCCUCUAGCUUUCAGCAGCAGAAGCUCCGGGUUUGUGAAGUGUGCUCGGCUUAUCUUGGUCUUCAUGAUAAUGACCGACGACUCGCUGAUCACUUUGGAGGAAAACUACAUUUGGGAUUUAUUGAAAUAAGAGAGAAGCUUGAGGAACUCAGGAGGAUUGUGGCUGAUAAACAGGAGAAACGAAAUCAGGAACGUCUGAAACGUAGAGAGGAGAGGGAAAGAGAAGAAAGGGAGAAACUAAGGAGGUCCAGAUCCCACAGCAAGCAUGCCAAAAGGUCUAGGUCCCGAGAGCGCCGCAGACACCGCUCCCGCUCAGCCUCGCGGGAACGGAAGAGAAGGACCCGAUCCAAAUCCCGGGAGAAGCGCCACCGCCACAGGUCCCGCUCCGCCAGCCGCAGCCGGAGCCGCAGCCAUCACAGAAGCAGGCACAGCUCCAGGGAGAGGAGCCGGGAGCGCAGCUCCAAAAAGAGAUCCUCUAAAGAAAGAUCUUCCAGAGACAAAGAGCGUUCGAGAGAUCGCGAUAGAACAUCCCGUGACAAAGACAGAAGCUCGAGGGAGAGGUCACCACGGGAUUUCAAGGACAAGAAACGUUCCUACGAGAGCGCCAACGGCCGAUCGGAGGAGCCGAGGAGCUCGGAGGAGCGCGAAGCAGGGGAGAUAUAACUGGCUGUAUAUUCACCUGAUCUCUAGCUUCCUAUGGAGUUGCAUACUUUGGUUUAGUUUACAGUUGUUCAAAGGGACACCAGUGAGCAGUUCCAACACUGAUACAACUUAGGGUAGAUGUACAGUAUAUAAAAGUGGUUAUAACAAAGUGAGAAUUAAACCCCGUGAAUAAUGGUGCCUAAAGCUGGGUCCUGGACUUCCACCAAGUUGUAAAACUUUUCUGAAAGAUUUCUCUUUAUUCAGGACAACAGUUUUAUGUACCAAGAUGCAGAUCUCAAUGUUUUUAAUCUCCUUUCCAAUACAAGUUAGUGAACAAAUUAUAUUGUACUACUUGCCUUGGGUGCUUUUGAACCUUUAUAAAUUCUCCAAUUCUGCUCCAGUCAAAACAGCAUCAUUGAAAGGUUGUAUUUGGGGGAUUUUUUGUUUUGUUUGCUUUUUUGUAAGAGGGUGGGUGGAUGGAUAUUAACUUUUACUCUAAAAUUAUGUUCCCAGUGUUGGGUUUUAUUUUUGUUUGGGAUCCUAGGAGUUGAUUACAGUGGGAGCAUUUAGACAGGAACUUGUACUGGAGAAAGCGGAAAUGUCUUUUUACAGUGCCUAUUUAGACUUGGAAAUUGAACAGCUGUUGCAUUACAUCUUUUUUAUUUCUACUUAAAUUUUGAAAUCAAAGCCAGUCCCAUAUCUGUACCAUUUGAUUGGUAUGUGUUCAAUAUAUUUGUUUUUUUCCAGAAGGACUCGUUCUGCUUUUUCUUGUGGAGUACAUCUUUAAUUGUAUUAAAACAAACAAAAAAACCAGCAACAACAAAGAAAAAUUAAGAACAAAAGAAAUAAAAAAAAUAAAAAGAAA